AUGCUCUCACGUGUUGCUGCAGUGAAGGCACCCCGCACACGCAACUGUCGCGGCGUGACCGGAUCCAGCGGAAGGAGGAGGGAAGGAGGAGAGAGUGAGCUGCAGAGGCGCAACAUGUCUCGGCAUCUCUUCUGCUCUGCGGUGCUGCCCCUCCUUUUUAUGAUGAUGUGCUGCGGCACUGGAGGUGCUGCGGAAAUUGCGGGGCAGUCAACAGUUUCAAAGUUUGAAUGGAAGGACGUCAAGAUUGAGGAUGAAACUGUGGAGUCGUUGGGUGCUGCGGGCCUUCUAAACGUGGGGAGUGACGUGUUUGCCGUUGCCGAAGCGCAGUGCAAAAAGGAUAGCGUCAUUUUUACUGGCGUUGCAUCCCAAAUUAUCACGAAGGAUAAUGCUAACACACCGGUGGAAGUUCUGAAUGAAGUGAAAGGGACACGAUUUCUGGAAGACGGUUCCGAAGUCCAAAAGAAGAAAGUGGAUGUGAGCCGACCAACAACAGUUGUGCAGGAAAAUGAUAUUUACGUGCUUGUUGGGAAAUACAGCCAGGCAGCUGUUGGUGCUCAGAAUAGCGGUGCCGAGGACUGCGGACUUUUGCUGGUGAAAGGGAACGUCAGUGAAGAAAAUAGCGGCGAAAAAAGAAUCCAUUGGAAAGAUAAUGACGAUGUCUCGCGUAUUUCUGUUGGCGAACUCGAUUCUUGGACACGGCUGUUUGGCAGUGGUGGAUCGGGUAUUAAGAUGAAGGACGGUACGCUUGUGUUUCCAGUGGAAGGCACGAAGAAGGAGGGUGACGCACCAAAGGAUGAAAAGGCCGUUUCUCUGAUCAUACACACCUUGAAGGAUGCUAAGAGUUGGACGCUGUCGAAGGAGGUUCCUUACGAUGGCUGCAGUGAUCCCUCCGUCGUGGAGUGGGGACAGAAGGACAAAAAACUCAUCAUGAUGACUGCGUGUGAUGAUGGCCGCCGCAGGGUGUACGAGUCCGGUGACAUGGGGGAGUCGUGGACGGAGGCGCUCGGGACACUCUCGCGCGUGUGGGGCAACAAACAGGGCGAAGGGGCGAAGGGCGUUAGAAGCGGGUUCAUCACAGCGACGAUUGGCGAUGAUGAUAAGAAAAAUGUGAUGCUUGUGACUCUGCCCGGUUUAUCCCGAGAA